AUGUGGGGUGGCGACGGUGGAGGGAUCACUGACCUUUUUUACGUUUCUAGCCUGCCCCGUGGCUCGGGAAUCGUCACUCGGAGACCCCUUAUCCUGCAGUUGAUCAACAAGCCCCCGACCACGCAAGUGAAUGGCGACAAGAAACUGGAAACCACCGACAGCGAGGCGAACGUCGACGAGUAUGGCGAGUUCCUGCAUAUACCUGGCCAAAAGUUCCACGACUUCAACAAAAUGCGCGAGGAGAUUGUGCGCGAAACGGAGACCAAGGUUGGUCGCAACGCCGGUAUCUCGCCUGCGCCUAUCAACCUGCGCAUCUACUCGCCCAACGUCCUCACCCUGACCCUGGUCGACCUGCCUGGUCUGACCAAGGUGCCCGUGGGCGACCAGCCCAAGGAUAUUGAGCGUCAGAUUCGUGACAUGGUGCUCAAGUAUAUCAGCAAACCCAACGCCAUUAUUCUCGCCGUCACCUCCGCCAACCAAGAUCUGGCCAACUCGGAUGGGUUGAAGCUGGCGCGUGAAGUGGAUCCGGAGGGCCAGCGCACCAUCGGUGUGCUCUCCAAGGUCGACCUGAUGGAUGAAGGAACAGACGUGGUGGAUAUUCUCGCUGGACGGAUUAUUCCUCUGCGUCUGGGCUAUGUCCCGGUGGUCAACCGUGGCCAGCGCGACAUCGAAAAUAAACGGCCGAUCGCAUACGCCCUGGAGAACGAGAAGAACUUUUUCGAGAACCACAAGGCAUAUCGGAACAAGGCGUCGUACUGCGGUACGCCCUACCUGGCUCGAAAGCUGAACUUGGUACGUUGUUGUGGCUGUCAGAUAUUAAAGGAAUUGGCUAACACUCGCUAG